AAAGAGUCUUACAUGCAUACUUUGGCUAAAUAGAAUUACAUGAUUGAGAACAUGGCGGACUAACAUGCAGCAACAGACAAUCUCACUUGUGCAAUAGAUUAUCAAUGAGAAUAAAAUAAUCUAGAACAACCAAACAAAAUAAAUAAAAAGAAAAAGGAAGGUAGAUAGAAACCGAAGAAAAACACAAGCCAACAACCGAGCUACAUUUUCAAAUCAUGUUCCUAAACUAUCUUCAAUUCUUUGUUAUAAUUCACACAGUAACAAGUAAGAUCGUUGACGAUUAUUUUGAUGUUAUAAAUGGAACACCAGAUGAUAUAUCGCCAACCCUUCAGACAACACUAUUGUCCAUAGUUGAGUGUACAGUAAUGUGCAUGAAAGAACCUACUUGUAAAGCGACAAAUUAUAAUCAAGAAAAACAAAACUGUUGGAUAUAUGAUACAAACACAUUUAACUGGACGCCCAACAGUUCAUGGAAACUGACAAAGAAUUUUAAGUUAGGGGAGUCACCAUCCAACCCAGGUGCUAGCUGUUUAGAUAUAAAGAGUAAACGGGCUGAUCCUGUUUCAACUGGUUUAUAUUGGAUCAAUCCGGAUAGUUCUAGUGCUGUUCAAGUAAACUGUAAUAUGGACACUGUAGGACUGGUAGUAGUACAAACCAAAAGUUCCAAAGUGGGCUAAGCUUUAAUGUUCAUUUUAAGAACCCCUAUUCUUACUUUUGAAAAUGGAUUCUAGCAAUACUUUCCAACAUGAA